AUGUCGGACGUCCAGGAACGCCUCAAGAAGCUCGGCGCCUCCGCGCGUAUCGGGUAUGUCGGCAAGGGCACUCCCCGCCGCAAGAUGAAGCGUGCGCCCGCGCGCUCCGCCGCCGACGACAAGAAGCUCCAGGCUGCCCUGAAGAAGCUCAACGUCCAGCCCAUCCAGGCCAUUGAGGAGGUCAACAUGUUCAAGUCUGACGGCAACGUCAUCCACUUUGCUGCUCCCAAGGUCCACGCUGCCGUCCCCGCCAACACCUUCGCCAUCUACGGCAACGGUGAGGACAAGGAGCUCACCGAGCUCGUCCCCGGCAUCCUCAACCAGCUCGGCCCCGACUCCCUCGCCUCGCUCCGCAAGCUCGCCGAGAGCUACCAGAACAUGCAGAAGGAGGGCAAGGACGGCGAGGAGGACGACAUCCCCGACCUGGUCGAGGGUGAGAACUUUGAGAGCAAGGUCGAGUAA